CUCGGCUCACAAACGCACUCGCAAUCGCAACCGACGAUAACGCCGCGUGAAGUGGGCUGCUUUGGAAAUUUUACGAUUCAUUGUUGCUUGGACGUGGCAGCCAUGACGUGAUUUCUGACUUUGACUAAGAAAAUUUUUUGUUAAAAUUACAUUUGUAAAUUAUAAAAAAUUAACUUAAGGGGAAUACGUGCAUUAUAAAACCAACAACAAGAGCUCAAUUAAGUGUAAAUUAAAUGUAAAGUGAAAAUAACAGCAAAAUCGUAAUUUUAAUAAAGAUCCAGAGAAGCAGAAAUCAAAAAGGAGAGAGCACGGCCAUAAUCAACAAGUAACAACAACUACAGAAUCAACUCAUCGGCAAUAAUAUAACAACCAGCAGCAAGCACAACUAAGUACGCCAAAAAUAAUUUUAAUAAACCAUUUAGAAGUGAUUUUGACUGAAAUUGGUAAUAAUUUUAUAGAAAUAUCGUCAUCAGAGAAACCAACAAACAAAUAUCAACAAGAACAACGUCGACCAAUUUGAAGAGCUUUUUUUUUGUGUACGCUGUCAACACGAGAAGCAAUAGCACUUGCUAUCGAUUGGCCGAUAAACCGAUAUAUUCACUGUUUUCAACACUGGCCAAACCACAGCGAGCACAGCUGAUUGUGCCACCCCGUUGUGUUGCUGUGUGUGUGUGUGCGGGGCAGUGAAAGGUUUGCUGCGUGCCGGAGCAACCGUGUAAAGAAACAGUAUAACAACAGCGAGUGACGUGUUGGGAGAGGAAGAAGAACAACAACAACGAUACACUCACACACUCACGACCGCAACGCUCAGGUGUCAGACCAAAACAGCUGUUUCAACAUCGAAACAAUAAAAAGUCGCUGAAAUCUAAAAGCGCCUUUGACUAUUGUCAUAUAAAUGUAAAUAUAUACAUGCAAACACACACACAUAUUCUUUUCCAACAGUUGUGAGAUAAUUACACACACGUAUAAAUUCAACGGCAACAGCAGCAACUACAAAAAACUAAAACAUCAUCAAAAACAACAACAAAUCAGUUGCCAUUGGGCCACAGGCGUCGGUUGUCUACGUCACGUCAGGAUCAUCACAACAACAAACAACAAAGCACAUUCAGCAGCAUCAACAUUUACAACAACUUCCAGUUACAGUUACUUCCACUGCUCUUCCGUGUCUGCAAAGAGAAAAUCUGUUUUAUUUUUUUUUUUUGCAUUAUUGUCAAACACUGGCGUGCCAGCCAAUAUAAAAUAUUUGCCAUUCGCCACGCAACGUCACGACGACAACGCAGCCAACUUAACAAGUAAAUAGAACAGUAGUAAAAGUAAAUAGCUAUUGUAUAGAAAACAACGGAAACAAAAAAGAGAGUAACAAUUGUGAUCAGAUACAAUUUGGAGGGGGGCUCGGACACGUUAUGAGCAAUUCGAUUGCAUCAACAAAAUGCCUGCCCAAUGUAUCGUUCUCGUCCGGCAAUUAUGGUAUGUCACAAAGCCACCGUUACACCGAUGAUACCAAGGAGUAUAUAUUCCUUAAGCUCACCGACUCAGCGUACCGUGCCAUCGAGGAAUAUCAAAGAAAUGAGAAUGCCAAUCGCUUUGCGCCCGGCCAAUGUGCCAAAAUUCAAUGCAAUGGCAACACUGGCAUCAUACACUUCCCGCUGCCCAACAACGAUAAUGGCAACAAUGUUGCUAAUAACAACAAUGGCAGCAACAACAUGGAAAGUGGACGUAAAUUUGGUUUUACCAUUGACGAUCUUGAGGGCACAUUGGAGUGCAUACAGCAACAGCAGCAGGAGCUUGAUGUCCUUGGUGCAUUGGCGAGACGAAUGCGCAUUCAUGCCAACGACGAUGUCUACGAUACCACACGCAGUAAAAUGGCCCGUGCCGAGGAGACGGAGAAGAGCAAAUGCAUACGUGAGAUCAAGCCAAAUCAAUCUGAUAUUGGGCGUAAGGUGAAGAAGCCGUCAUCAGCAACGGCAUCGUCACAUCACAGUGGGAACAACAGCAACAACAACAGCAACAACAGCAGCAACAACAGCAGUAGCAGCAAUAGUUUUAACAGUAACAAUAGUCGUAAGUUAGUUUCAUCGCCAUUUAAUGGUCUAACAUCAUCAUCAUCAGCAGCGGCAGCUGUCGCAGCAGCAGCAGCAGCAAUUUCCUCACGCUCGCCCAAUCCUAAUCCCAAUCCCAAUCCAAAUAUGUUGGGUGCCAGCGGCACAGUAAACGGAAGUCGCAACAGUGCGGCAGCUACACUGGCCAACACAUUUGCCAAUGGUAUCUCGCAGGGUUAUGCACUAAGCGGCAAUUCGCCCAGAGACAGCACAACAGUAACUGUUGCAACAGCAGCAGCAGCAACAAUUGGUGGUUCAGGAGGAGGAGGAGGCAGCAGCAAUGGACGCAAUAAAAUGCUUAAUGGCAGCAGCAGCAACAAUUCUCGCAAUGGCAACACCAAAUCCGCUGCAGGAACUGGAGGAGGAGCAGGAGGAAAUGGUAACAACAAAAUGUCUGAUGUCUCACGUCGUAAUAUACGUGAGCGUUUAAUACAUUUGUUGGCAUUGAAGCCAUUCAAGAAACCCGAGUUGUUUCAACGUUUAAAGAAUGAGGGCAUCAAGGAUCGGGAUCGCAACAAUGUAUUUAGUAUACUCAGGGACAUAAGUGUUAUGCCACACAAUACGUAUAAUUUGCGGCGACAAAUGUGGAACGAUGUCGAUGAGAAUUGGCCAUUCUUUAGCGAACAGGAAUUGCAACAGUUGAAGCGUCGCAAGCCACAGAAUCUGACGCCACCAAUGAGCUCGGAUGCGGGUAGUUCAACAUCUGGACAGAGUCCCACAUCCACUCAUACUGGCAGUCCGCCACCAUUGAUGGGUGGUCAACAAUUGUCGUCGGUAAUGUCCGGAAAUCAUAACCAUAACAAUGGCAAUAACAGUCUCAAGCGCAGUAGCACUGAGUAUGAUGAAAUGCUUAACACCACCGGCAAGACCAAAAAGAUGCGCAUAAGUCAUUACAAUCGGGAAACUGGACCAAUUUCCAACACCUCCUCCUCAACGACUGUGCCCACAUCCACGUAUCGCAGCAGGACGGGCAGCUCGGCGGCUGCCUAUACGCCGCCACAGCGUCAACAGCCGCAGAUGGUGGAUGAGCACAGCAGCGAUUUGAGCUACAAUGUGCUGGACAACAUAGAUGAGUUUAGGAGCAUGGCGGCAGCAGCUGCCGAACAGCAGCAGCAACAACAACAGCAGCAACAACAACAACGUGGCAACAGUCGACGCACCAGCAGCUCUUCCGCGUCCAAGCAAAGCGGUGGCACCGACAAGCGCAACUCCACGGGCAGCAAUUCGAGCAGUUCCAGUGGCUAUGAGACGCAACUGGAGCGGGAGCGCAACAGUCGUCAGUCGGCGUCGGCGUCAGCGUCGUUGACGCAGUCAGCAAACAACAACAGCAGUCGAAAAUCCUCAACAACGCCACCAAAAUUGGCCGCCAGUUUUGUGCGACAAUCGGGACCGGCAACAUCAACAACUCAGCAGCAGCAGCAGCAACAACAACAAAAGCAAAAACAACAGCAACAGCAGCAUCAUCAACAACAACAACGCAGCAGCAGCAACAACAAUAGCAGCAGCAACAACAACAACGCGCACGAUGAGUACAAUUCAUACAACAAUAACACGCACGCCGCUUCCAACAGCAAAAAACGCACGAGUGACAGCAACAACAGCAAUGGACAGCGACAACGCGGCAGCAGCAGCAACAACUAUCAGCCGCAGCAGCAGCAACAGUUGCCAGUGCCACAGCAACAACACAAUCAACAAGUGCAUUAUCAACAACAACAGCAACAACAACAUAGUAAUCAUCAACAACAUUCUAGCAACAAUAAUCGCGAGUCAACAACAACAACAACAAUGAAUCAUCAUCAUCAACAGCACCAUCAACAACAACAGCAACAACAACAGCAUCAAUCGAAUGCAACAACAAGAGUAACAACAACAGCAACUGGAUCAACUAAAACUGCUAAACAUCCAUCGCCCACACAACAACUGGCUGAGGCAGCGCAUGCAUAUGCAACAGCUGCAACAUCAGAUGCAAAUGCCAAUGAUGCGCCACGUUAUGACUUUAGUCAAUAUGCGCCCAUACGCACACUGGAGGUGCGCAGGCGCUAUAAGAAUGAAUUUCAGAGUGAUUAUGAUGAGUACUGUAAGCUGUUAACCAGCGUCGAGGGUGUGAGCAAACGUUUCCAGGAUCUAUCCAAGCGUUUGGAAGGCGCUCAGCAGCGUGGCGGUGAUGAUUACGACCAAAUUAAGCGUCAAAUUGUCAGCGAAUAUGAGAGAAUCAAUAGUGAUCGCAGCAUUCAUGAGGAGAAGCAGAGAUUUGAUUAUUUGCAUGCCAAAUUGGCGCAUAUCAAGCAGCUGGUUAUGGACUAUGAUAAGACUUUGAUAAGCGCCGGUCCAGACGCAACUGCUGCGGCAGCAGCAGCGGCGGCGGCGGCAACAGCUGCUGCUGCUGCAGCGGCUGAGGCUCAAGCAUUGGCGGCAGCAACAGCAGCCGCAGCUGCUGCACGUUUGGCCGAAAGUACUCACUGUAGCAAUAAUAGCAUACAACAGCAGCAGCAACAACCUCAGCAGCAACAACAACGGCAGCAGCAACAACAUCAUGCUGUUGUGACGAUACAGCAGCAGCAACAACACCAUUACAACAGUAACAAAAACAGCAACAACCACGGCAGCCACGACAGCGAUUCGGAUGAUAGUUCCGGUAGCUCCGACUCUAACGAUGAUGAUGAUGAUGAUGAAGAUUGCGAUGAUUCCAACUCCAAUACUGAUGACGACGAACGCUACUAAAAAGAUACAGAAAUAACGAAUCAAUCAAAUCAAACAAUCAAUCGGAAUCAACACCAACAUUAAGCUACUUUAAAUACAACAACAACAUCAAAAGCUGCAGUUGCAGUUGCAACCAAUGUAAAAAGGCAAAAAAAAAA